AUGGAUGAGAGGAGGAAUGCCAGUCCGCCGCCCGUCGGCCGCAUUCAGGCACGGCGGGCUCGGUCAGAUGGCAUCAUUGGUCGACUGACAUACCGCCCAGCUCAGGAUGGCGAUGGCAUCGGGCGCCUGAGUAGGAACCGUGCUACGGACGAGACACCUCACUUCAAGCAGGUGACACCCUUUGUGCCAUGGUGCCCUCCGACCAAGCAUGGUGGUCCCCGUCCAAGUGUCACAAAACCUACGCAGAUCGCUAGGGCUCAGGAGCACUGGCUUCUAGAACAUUUGCCGGAAGCCUCAAUCGAUGACGAAGUUGUUGAAUCCCUUCUCCUGGAAGAAAUCGCCAGCUUCGAAGCGAAAAGGCAGCCGACGGCCCCGAACAGCGUACCUCUGUGUUCCGUAGGGGAGAUUACUGACACGAGAGGGACCGAUGCCAAGGGGCAUCCGGUGUUAGCUGUUGCUUCUGGCGUGGCUGGAAACGUCCUUAGCUUCAUCAGUAUUGAUUACGAGGAAUGGGCUUGGACUGAGGCGGAUAUCAGGAUCCGCGUACAUUCUCCCAGCGCGCUCCAAGGUGAAUGGUGCCAAGAUGCCCUUCCGAUCUCUCUGGUCAAGUUCGCCGUCGACCUCAGAAAGCAUGAUCCGAUUCGCUGGCUUGUAGUUCAAAAUGGCACCUCAACUACCCUUUAUGAGCCUGAGUUGAGAGCUAUACCAAUGCCGGUCGCCGGUAACUCGGCUCAGGCAUCGGGCCGGUCUCAUAUCAGCCAGAUCUCGGCCAACCCCUUGUUCACGAUUCCCUCUGGGCGCACCGGAGGGAGCCUGCAAUCAGAUGUCUGCUUCAGCCGGUAUCCAGGCAUGGACACACCCCAGCUUGUCAUUAUCGACCAGUGCGGUUACUGGAGUGUCUGGGAUAUUACCGGCCUCCGAAACUCACGACCCAAGAUGCUGACACCGAUUAUGAGGAUGUGCGGAAACGCCGUUACGGGACCCAUUGCAAAGCUGCCUUUUGGCUCCGUCUCUGAACCGCGGCCGCAUCGGAUCUUACGCUUGUCGCCAAGGCACAGAAGCUCGGGAAUUUCAAAUAAUUCGUCGAAACUCUCCGCGUCUCCUUCCAUGCCUACCGAAGCGGACCAGGGCAAGUUGCGGCUCUCACCUCGACUGCUGCUUCUGCUUUCCAACGCUAAGGAAUUACAUCUUUUUGAUUCCGCCAGUAAAAGAUCGCAGUCCUUCUCCCACAUGGUGUUACCCAACGACAGCUAUCGAAUCUUGGACGUGGCAGCUUCUCGAUAUGACAAUUCCCAGGCAUUUGUACUCACCAGCACACGUGUUCUUUGGGUGGCAGCUACCGAGGGCAAAGUUAAUGAAGUGUCUCUCGAGAUUCUUGCUUCCUGCUCUCACCAGAAAGACGUCAACGAUCCAUCACUCCGGCUCGACGUAUCGCCAGGAGCUUACAUCAACGACCACAAGGCGUGCUUCGUCUGUGUUAGGUCCAUAAAUGACACCGAAAUGACGGUAUUUUGGUUCAUGAACCCAACCCCGGACACGCCGGCGCGGUAUCACCGAGAGUUGAUCUCCCUGAAUAGUCCAUCCAGUCUUGUCGGUCUUCAUAUUCUUCCUGUUGUCCGCCUAUUGGGGCAAGCGAAGCGUGUGUCGGCGGCCGGCCGUGUGCUACGAAACGCAAAUCUCAAAUUCUUUCAGCUUUUGACGCUCGGUCACAAUUUAGAUGUCCACAGCGCGCUCUGUGUCUGGUCUGAUGAGCCAAGCGUCACGGUGCUGCCUCCCGAUUCUAGGCUUAGCUCCGAAGAGAGCCAUAGGCUUCGAGUCAAGUUGCUUCAACAUUUGACCAGCGCGUUUGCUGUUCCGGACGAGUUUGACGAACGGAUCGUUUUCAAGGAGAAAGGGCUUGGAACGCUCUCACUGGAGGAUUUGAGAGACAGGCUCGAACUUCACACCGACUUUACCCUCGUUGCCAAGCGUUUGUCUGCUCCGGAAGAGCUCGCGCCUAGCGCUGAGGAAGGAUUGAUGCCCUCUGCGGUUAGCGACCAGUUUGAGUUCCUUGGAGAGGCUGUGGAGAAAGAGAGCAAAGAUGGGUACAUGCCGAGACAUUCGCUGCUUGAUCUGGCAAAGUCUCACCACCCGAGAGACCUUCUCCAGUUCGCUCGUGAGUGGGAUGCCCGGCAGGAAGCGCUACACCGACAAUCCAGCGAGUGGCUGUACGUGCCAGAGGCUCGUCGUCCGUUGACCGAUUUCGGUCCCGAUGACCUGGUCGAACGGCUCCGUGCUUUGUUUCCGGAGCCGCAGCGAAGCCGAGGCAAGAAUGCAAUUUCCAGCCAAGUUCGAGAAAAAGUGCUACAAGCCAUGGCCGCUGAAAUGUCUCUCAGCAAUGUAGGCAUCUGUGCUGUACCGCAAUCUGGGACAACCAUCACACCAGCAAUCAAGAGCGAGGCCGCGGAUACCACCCCGUCGAGUUCGUUGCCGUUCCGCAGCUCGCCGCCUUCAAUACCAUCUCCCUCGAAAAUGGGAACAGUGAACCCCCCUAAGACAGAACGCAGUAGGUCGAGCAGAGACCAGGAAGUAGAAGAUCAGGAGCAAGACGACAGAGGAGACGUGGUAGCCCUUCGGUUGCGCAAAUAUGCGACUAUCAACACCUCGCCAACCUUCACUCGAGACGAGUCCUCCAUCGGUCUGACCCCCUGGGAACUAGGCGGUGACCCGGAUGAUAUCUCAUGGAGACCUGGGCGGGAUUUGGAUGCCGAGGACGCUAUCAGCAGAAGACGGAAGAAGAUUGAGGCGAGGCGGCAGCGGGCAGAGAGGUUGUCGCAGAGGGUAUUUGGCAGCCUCGGUGGUGGUGUUAGUGGCGGCGAGGAGAGUAUGCUGGAGUUUUCGUCCCAGUCGAGGUCCCAAUCGUUGUCUCAGGGCGGGUUGCCGACGUCGCAACCGACAAUCCUGUCCACGAACCAGCCGCAUCCCCAGCGCCAACCAUGGGAGUUCUCGUCGCAGCAGCUGGUUGGGUCCCCAAGGGUGUUUGUGGGCUCGCCGCUUAGGAGGGAGUUCCGCCGCGAGUCUGGCGUAUGGUCACAGGAGGAGUCGUCUCAAGGCGUGUCUCAGGGCACGCCGUCCCAGCCAACCUCGCAGGUUUUGCAUGGGGCAUUCGGUGGCAGGCUGUCGCCGUUUAAGAAGAGUCCGCUCAAGAAGAAGGGGAAGAGAUUGAGCGACGCAAGGAGAUUGAGCGGGUUUAGGUAA